GAAGCGUCCCACGGGCCUGUCCCACGGGCCUGUCCGGCUGUGGCCUCCGGGAUGUCAAGGGCAGGCAGGGACGGGCUUCCUCCCUGGACCUGUGCGCUCGCACAGGCUCUCGUCUGCGGGGUUCUUGCAGAAGGGUGGGCGUGUGCGCGCAUUCUCCAAACGCCACCCCCACGGGGCCUCACAGCCGCCCUGGCCUGGCAACUGUCACCCAUUUUACGAACGAGGACAUCAAGGCCGAGGACGAUGAUCCCGCCGGGGGAGUGCACGUACGCGGGCCGGAAGCGGAGGAGGCCCCUGCAGAAACAGAGGCCCGCCGUGGGGGCAGAGAAGUCCAACCCCUCCAAGCGACACCGGGACCGCCUCAACGCCGAGUUGGACCACCUGGCCAGCCUGCUGCCGUUCCCGCCUGACAUCAUCUCCAAGCUGGACAAGCUUUCUGUCCUGCGCCUCAGUGUCAGUUACCUCCGGGUGAAGAGCUUCUUCCAAGUCGUGCAGGAGCAGAGCUCACGGCAGCCUGCGGCCGGCGCCCCCUCGCCUGGAGACAGCCGUCCUCUUGCAGGGUCUGCUGUGCUGGAGGGAAGGCUGCUGUUGGAGUCUCUUAAUGGCUUUGCUCUGGUCGUGAGUGCAGAAGGGACGAUAUUUUAUGCGUCAGCAACGAUCGUGGACUAUCUGGGCUUCCAUCAGACGGAUGUAAUGCACCAGAACAUUUACGACUACAUCCACGUGGACGACCGCCAGGACUUCUGCCGGCAGCUCCACUGGGCCAUGGACCCUCCCCAGGUGGUGUUUGGGCAGCCCCCGCCCUUGGAGACAGGAGAUGAUGCUAUCCUGGGGAGGCUGCUCAGGGCCCAGGAGUGGGGCGCAGGCACGCCCACCGAGUACUCGGCCUUCCUGACCCGCUGCUUCAUCUGCCGUGUGCGCUGCCUGCUGGACAGCACCUCGGGCUUCCUGACGAUGCAGUUUCAAGGAAAACUAAAAUUCCUGUUUGGACAGAAGAAGAAGGCGCCGUCAGGAGCCAUGCUCCCGCCGCAGCUGUCGCUGUUCUGCAUUGCGGCACCCGUUCUCCUCCCCUCCGCAGCGGAGAUGAAAAUGAGGAGCGCGCUCCUGAGGGCAAAACCCAGGGCAGACACCGCAGCCACCAUGGAUGCAAAAGUAAAAGCCACCACCAGUCUGUGCGAAUCGGAACUGCAUGGAAAACCCAAUUACUCAGCAGGAAGGAGCAGCAGAGAGAGCGGCGUUUUGGUUCUCAGGGAACAGACUGACACUGGCCGAUGGGCACAGGUUCCCGCCAGGGCCCCAUGCCUGUGCCUCCGGGGCGGCCCUGACCUUGUCCUUGACCCCAAAGGGGGCUCAGGGGACAGGGAGGAGGAGCACAGGAUGCUGAGCAGGGCCUCUGGAGUGACAGGGCAGAGAGAGACUCCAGGACCCACAAAGCCCCUGCCCUGGACAGCGGGAAAGCACAGUGAGGAUGGUGCCAGGCCGAGGCUGCAGCCCAGCAAGAAUGACCCACCCUCCCUGCGCCCCACGCCCCGCGGCUCCUGCCUGCCCUACCCGUGUGUCCAGGGCACUUUCAGGAACUCGCCCAUCUCUCACCCGCCGAGCCCGUCCCCCAGUGCCUACUCCAGCCGGACCAGCAGACCCGUGCGGGAUGUCGGUGAGGACCAGGUGCACCCUCCCCUCUGCCACUUUCCCCAGGGGAGCCUGCAGCACCAGCUCCCUCAGCCUGGAGCUCGGCGUUUUGCCACGAGGGGCUAUCCCAUGGAGGACGUGAAGCUGCAAGGUGUACCGAUGCCUCCGGGGGACCUGUGUGGUCCGACACUGCUGCUAGAUGUGUCCGUCAAGAUGGAGAAGGACUCUGGGUGUGAGGAUGCUGCAGACGGCUGUGUGCCCAGCCAGGUGUGGCUGGGGGCCAGUGACAGGAGCCACCCAGCCGCCUUCCCUACCAGGAUGCACCUGAAAACAGAGCCAGACUCUCGGCAACAGGUGUACAUCUCGCACCUGGGGCACGGCGUGCGGGGGGCUCAGCCCCAUGGGAGGGCCACUGCUGGGCGCAGCAGGGAGCUGACCCCUUUCCACCCUGCACACUGUGCCUGCCUGGAGCCCACACACGGCCUUCCCCAGUCGGAGCCUCCCCACCAGCUCUGUGCACGGGGCCGAGGUGAACGGUCCUGCACCUGCAGAGCUGCUGAGGCCGCCCCUGUGGUCAAGCGGGAGCCCUUGGACUCGCCCCAGUGGGCUACUCACAGCCAGGGAGUGGUGCCCGGGAUGUUUCCCAAAAGUGCCUUGGCCACGCUGGUCCCGCCCCAAGCUUCGGGGUGCACAUUCCUGCCAUAGUGCAGUGACCACCGUCCAAGCUCAGAUCUGUCUGUCUAUGCUCAGAUGCGUCGGUGGCUGGGCUGCCCUGCGCCUGGUCAGGCCGGAGCCCGUCCUAAGACACACGCUUUGCAGAGCUGUGCACGUGCAGUCUGCUAGUCUGUGUGUGCAGCCUACGCAGUAGCCUAUCCUGAAUUUUGUAAAAUAUCCCAACAGUUCUUAAAUGAAAACUGGCCUUAAGUCUAUUCAAGCAUGACAGCAUUUCUCUUUCAGGAAUUAAAAUCUUUAGGAAAGUGAUCAUGGCUGGACAGCUUCAUGCCCCGGAGGCACCCGUCCCAUGGCUGCCAAGUCCACAGUCGGGGAUGAAGCAGUCGGGUGAUGCUCCCAAGUCCGCAGUCGGGGAUGAAGCGGUCAGGUGACACACCUAGCUCAGCCCUCCCAGGCCACCUGCAGCUCCCGGCCUGUGCUGUGCAGGCAGGGUCAGCCCAUCGCCACAGUGCACUGUAGAGGCCAGCACACGGCAAAUUGGAAAUACAACGCGCGGAGAAAGGGGUCUGUGAGCCCACUCAUAGAGGAAUCUAGAACGUUCCAGGCAGCAGAGGCUGGCAGCGUGGGUCCCACAGUGCCCCACACCGUGCGGCAGGUGCUCCGUGGCACCACGACAGAGUCUGAGGCCAGACGUGGGCUGGAAUUGACAGCAUAACCCCUGUUCCUUCUGGACAUCUCCCAAGUUCUCAGUGGGUCUCUGCGGACGGUUCUUCCUAAUCUGCCUCUUGGUACAUCAUGUAAUACAGAGUUCACAGACUCCAGGUUUGGAAGUACAGAGAAACACACAACGUAGAGAGAAGACACAGGAAACUGCGCUGCCUGUGGGGGUUUCUCUCUGGCUGUCUGUACAGUUCACUCAAAUGAGGGUUCCCGUUGCCAUCCUAGGAGAAUAAUUAGGGACAAGACGGACAAGUAUUAGCAUUAAAACAGUUGUAAAGGCGAUAUAUUCUGAGGUAGGAAUUUUGGAUACAAAAGCAUAAGUCAGAAAAUGAAGGUCACCAAUCCACCAACCCAAGAAUCUACAGCUGAUGGUGCAUUUCAGGCUUCUUCCACGGUCUGGCCUGGAACCCCACCCAGCUGGUGCAGGCAUCAGAUCAGGGUGUAGAAGUCACCCCAAGCAAGAGGAAGCCAGGCAGUGAGGCCCUGGGGUGUGGCUGCAGCUGGGCCCACCUGUGCGGGGGUGGGAGGGCCCCAUCCUCAGGGACAGGGCAUCGGCGCCCUGACGUCAGCUCCACUGGGAGUGGCAGGAGCCAUGGGAGCCCAUGGGUGAGGGACCCACCACCCCACCGCACUGUGCAUUGUGCCUCCCGUGUGGACGCCCUCUCUGUUGUUGGCCCGCGGGUGAGGGACCCACCACCCAUAGGGACCCACCACCCCUAGGGACCCACCACCCCGCCGCACUGUGCAUUCUGCCGCCUGUGUGGACGCCCUCUCUGUUGGCCUGCGGGUGAGGGACCCACCACCCCAGGGACCCACCACCCCUAGGGACCCACCACCCCGCCACACUGUGCAUUCUGCCGCCUGUGUGGACGCCCUUUCUGUUGUCAGUGGCUUUGAGGUGUCAGUGCUUACUUAGAUGCUGGUUUAAUGCUGGACCCAUUUGUUAAAUGCACCUUCAUUUUGUCAAAACCCAGGUUUGGUUGGCAGGACUGCAUCUUCUGCCCAAUGCCAGGUGCCUGCGCCUCUCCGUGGCCUGGUUCUUGGACAGUUUGCCCCCAUGUGGCAGGGAUAGGGAUAAGGAUCUCCUCUCAGAACUGGAAGAGAACAGCCAACCAUCUGCGCCCAGAGUCACAGAUCCAUCGUGGCCUCCUGUGACCUCCAAGCCCUACCGAGGGGGCACUCACUGUCUGCUUAGCCAGGGGGCGCCUUUCAAAAGGUGACCUCCAUGCUGUGCUGUCAUGGGUGUGAGACGUGCUCAUGGCCUUCCACUGCCAUCUCUCCCUUAUCUGAUGCCUAAAGUCAUGGUGGGGACAGAGCUACCCAGGGGCCAGCCAUGGGGUGACCAGCCACCUGAGGGUCAGACACCUGUGGAGAGCAGGCACCUGUGGAGAGCAGGCACCUGAGGACUGGCGCCUACUUUCCACUUUGGCCCUACGCUGGCACAGAGCCCCUCCUUAUUCAUUUCUCAUGCUGAGCAUGACACACUUCUGGCCUCUGUGCAUUUAUGGAUUUAAGACCAGGAUGGUAUUUCAGAAGCUUCCCGCUUCCUUCCUAUGCUAACCGAGUGCCCAGCUCCUUUGCUGAUCGUGGAAAGACCCUUAAUAAUUAGGCCUGCAGGCCAGGCGCAGUGGCUCAUGCCUAUAAUCCCAGCACUUUAGGAGGUCAAGGUAGGAGGAUCGCUUAAGCCCAGGAGUUCAAGACCAGCCUGGGCAACACAGGAAGAAUGUGUCUCUACAAAAAAUAAUUAAAAAUCAGAUCUGCUGUAUCCCUGAAAAAGUCUCAAUCAACAUGCAUGUUCCACUCUUGGAGUUCCCUGUUCUGAGGGCCAGCCAUGACCUGUGUCCUGGAGCUUAGCCCUCAGCAGCUCCCUUCAGCCUGGGCGCCGCCUGGGUCCCAAACGUGGCAGCUGCUCUUCCAGUCUCGGGGCCGAGGAGGGCAGGGAGCUCAGCGACUGAGAGUCUUGUGUAUCACAGGUCUUGAGUGUCCUGGAGCCAACAGCUGUCACUGGGAAAAACACCAGACCCCAAAGAUCGAAUCAGAGACGUGGCUGCGUGUUUGCGAUUGUAGCCAGGUCCUUCAGUGCCAUCAAAGGAGCACUGGGGCCUUCUUAAGCACAGAUGGCAGCCCCUGCCCAGGAGGCUUCUUCACCACGUCCUGCCGUGCAGCCUCCCAGACCUUUAGAUGUGCCACCGCCCAAGGCCCUCCUGGUGACAGGUGCCAGAUUGAGUGGUGGGUUGCUGCUAGGCAGGCCAUGCUGUGUUGACACUGCACUCAGCACGUGGGUGUUGGCUCUGCCGGUUUCAUGGUGUGGGGACCCCACAGGAGGCUGCGGCCCUGAGAGCCUGGGAUCAGCAAGGUGUCCGACAUCCCUUCCUCAAUGGCAACAAAAACUCCCCAAGUCAGCACUUUUGUUAUUUUAUAGCCACAACCCUCUUGGAAAACAGUGGGGAAGACUAUGGAACAUAGAAGGUGUGGAUGUAUCACUUCUCUCUAAAAUGUCAUUGUUAGCACUAAUUACAGGUUCAUGUUUUUCUGUUUAUGUAGCUUUUCCCUAUAUAGCUGAAAAAGUAUUAAAGUCAAAUAUAAGGUGGGAAUGGGAUGGAAGGGAGGAGAUCAAUACAACUUAUAUUUUUGCAGUUUCUACUGGAAGAAAAAAGUUUUCAAUACCUAGACCAACUUGUUGAAUUUUUAAAACUUAUGCACUAUAAAUGCAACUUUCUCUACUGCUUUCUCAGUGCCUUUAGGAAGCUUUCAAAUUUUUUUGUACUGUGGUUUGUAUUAAAUUUGCAAUACUGAUGUAAAAUACAUGACAUGCUAGUACAUGUUUAACAAAAA